CCCUGCAUUGUUGUUUGUUUUGGUUUUUGUUUGGAUUAAUAAUUCGUAAAACCUUAUUAAGCCUUAGAUAAUUAACGUAAUAACAUCACGCUCUUGCUUCAUUUGAUUCACGAAUCGUAAUAUCUGAAAAACUUGUUUAAAAUUCACAGAAAACAUGGUUGAAGACGAAGUGACUUUAGAAGAGAAGUGUGAAAACCUGAUGAACAUAGUUGUGGAAUCACGGAAAAGGUUCGGCAAAAUGUGUGUUGACUAUCAUCAGAAAACAUCACUGAUUGAAAACAAAAUACUCAAUUUAAACAUUGAAACUAUAUCAAACUACCACUUUAAGCCCAAAAACCCUGUACCAAAUGUAGAUAUUGAGGACAAUAGCAAGGAAAUUGAGGAUUUCACAGCUGAAAUUAUGGAGAAACAGCGGAGAAUAGACAACCUGCGCAAGAAACUGAAAUGUACUGAAGAAGUGGUCGCUCAGUUGAAGAGAGAUGAUGUGAACAAGAGAGUGAAGGAGCCACUCAGUGUGCAAGUUAUGCUGGAAAGGGCAAAGAAGAAGUAAAAAUACACUGUUAUUUAAAAAUCUUUAUUUAUAAGUUAGUAGUAUUAGAACUUAGCAUACUUAAUUCUAUUUAAACUUAAAAUAUAUCUAAUAACAAAAAGAAUGAGUAGGCAAUCAAAUCAUUCAAGAGUCAUCAAUAACUGAUUCAUGCUUUAUUUUUCACA